AUGCAUAAAAGAAAACAUAAUUUAGAAUAUGAAUAAUAGCAAUAAGUUUAGAUUUAAAAACUUAGUCAAAAAUAAUAAAAAGAAGAGUAACUCAUUCGUUAUUACUUAUAUGAGAAUCUAUAAUAUUUCAUUAAUUUAAUAUACUCGUUAAAAGCAGUGAAUUAACACUUUAUAAAUGAUCCUCAACAUCCUAUGAAAAUUCUUGCUAGAAAUAAAAUUGUGCUGUAGUCAAAUUUAUCAAAUUGCAUACAAUAUGAUUAAUCAUCAUAAUAUUAAUCUGAUCCUUAAUUAAAUUAAGUAUUACAACAAGAAAGAUAAUUUGCAAAGUAAUUAUUAGAGCAACUUUCACCAGAGUUAAAAGAAGAGUUUCAAAGCUAUUUAAAAAUAUAUAAAAACAAUAGUUUAAAUUAGAAUAUUCAAGUACAUCAAUAAAAAUUGGAAUAAACAAAUCUUGAUUCAAAAUUUAAUUAAAAAGUCCUACAAUCAAUUAUAGAUAAAAUAUUUUUGGUUGAUGAAACAACUGGAUAAUUUAGUGGAUAAAAAACAUACAAUAGUCCUACCAUUCAAGAUAUAAUUUAGAAAGCAGAGUAUUAAAUAAAAUCAUAUUUAGAAACUAUUCUGAAAAAACAAGAUAACAACUUGAAAUUCACUUUCCAAAUCCAAUUAAUAUGGAAGAUGAAUCAAAAUAUACCAAUUAAUGCUAAAAUGUACAAACACCCUAAUCUAAAACACAAUAAAGUAAAUCAUAUUUUAUAUUCUAUAAGGGCAUAAAAAACCAAAUUCUUUAGGAAUUAUGAAAAGAAAAAUCGCUAAACUAUAGAGCAGAGAAAAAAAAUGA